UCAAUUAAAACGUAGCUGAAGUCCCAAAAUAGAUGAUUGAGCGAAGGCAUCGUGGCAUUCGAUUCAAUCUUCCUGCUACGUUCGUUGACUUUUAAUAGUGUUGAAACUCAUCUCCAGCACACAAAGACGUCAUCUCCAUCGAUCUAAUGGAUGUGCAAGCUUUCUUCACCUACGAUGUGUUCCUCAGUUUCAGAGGUUCAGAUACGCGAUAUGGUGUAACGGGAUAUCUGUACAAAGCUCUGACUGACAAAGGGAUCCGUACCUUCAUUCAUGAUUCGGAGCUUCAAAUAGGAGAUGAGAUCACUCCAUCGCUUUUUAAGGCAAUCGAAGAGUCUAGGAUUUGUAUAAUUAUAUUUUCUACGAACUAUGCCUCUUCUAGCUUUUGCUUGGAUGAACUCACCGCAAUCCUAUACAGCUAUGAGGAGGAGAGAAAUGGUCGUGUGGUUUUUCCAGUGUUUUAUCACGUGGAAUCUUCUGUUAUUCGACACGGGAGAGGAAGUUACGGUGACGCACUCGCUAAGCAUGAGGAGCGGUUCAUGAAGGAUGGCGUGCAUAGGGUCAAAAAAUGGAGGACUUCGCUGUGCAAAGCGGCUAAUCUCUCCGGCUAUCAUUUCACGGGGGACGGAUAUGAACAUGAAUUUAUUGAGGCUAUUGUUGAGUAUGUCUGUAAACAAGUUACUCAUGUUGUUCCUUUACAUACUGCUGAUGCUGAUCAAGCUGUUGGAAUUGAGCCUCGAGUGAACAACGUAAACUCACUUCUGGAUCUUGGUUCUGAUAAUGUACUCCUAUUAGGGAUAUAUGGAAUGGGUGGGAUAGGCAAAACUACAAUUGCUCGAGCUGUUUAUGAUUCAAUCAGCGACCAGUUUGAAGGUCUGUGCUUUCUCAAUAAUGUUAGAGAUGAUUCAGAUAAAUUUGGCCCAAUGCAUCUCCAAGAGACCAUGCUUUAUGAGACAUGUGGAUUGAAGAUUAAACUUGGAGGUGUGAAUGAGGGAAUUAGAAUCAUUAAGCAGAGGCUCAGCAAGAAAAAGGUUCUUUUGGUUCUUGAUGAUGUUAACAAAUUGAUGCAGCUAGAGGUUAUUGCAGGAGCAUACGAUUGGUUUGGUCCUGGAAGCAGGAUCAUAAUUACAACACGGGAACAUCAUUUGUUAGUAAUGCAUGGGGUUGAUAUAAUAUAUGAGGUAGAUGAAUUAAGUGAAGGAGAAUCUCUUGAUUUGCUUUGUCGGAGUGCUUUCAAAACAAACAAAGUUGAUCCAAGUUAUGCAGACAUUUUGAAACGUGUAUUCACUUUUACCUCUGGGCUUCCAUUAGCUUUGAGAGCAGUAGGCUCCUACUUGUUUGGCAGAAACAUAAAUGAAUGGGAAAGUGCAUUGGAUCUGUAUGAAAGAAUUCCUCACAACGAUAUCCAAACAAUACUCAGGAUAAGCUUUGAUUCCUUGGAGGAAGAAGAAAAGGAUAUAUUUCUUGAUAUUGCUUGUUUCUUCAAUGGAGAUAAGUUAGAAUACGUCGAAGAUAUACUUUUGGCUCGUUAUGGUGUAUCUGUGCGCUAUAGUAUUCGUGUAUUGAUUGAAAAAUCUCUCAUAUACAUUGAUAAAGGUCUUGUGACAUUACAUAACCUGGUAGAAGACAUGGGUAAAGAAAUUGUCCGACAAGAAUCACCAAAGGAGCCAGGCGAACGUAGUAGGUUAUGGUUUGUCAAUGAUGUAGUUCAAGUUUUAGAAGACAAUUCGGGAUCUGCUGCAAUUGAAAUCUUAUUUCUGGAUUUUCCCAUACAUGCAAUGAACUCAAAUGGAUCCAAAGGUGGAGAAGUAAAUUGGGAUGGAGAAGCUUUAAAGAACAUGCGAAACCUCAAAACACUUGUUAUUAGAAAUGGAAGUUUUAACCAAGGCCCCACACAUCUUCCCAAUAGUUUAAGAGUGUUGGAAUGGUGGGGGUAUCCUUCACCAUCAUUACCAAAUGAUUUUCAUCCAAAGAAACUUGCCAUGCUCAAGUUACCUGAAAGUUGCCUAAGGAUAAGUGAACCAAUUCAGGGGGUCAUAAAUUUGACAGUUCUGGAUUUCAGCUACAGUGAUUGGAUAACUCAUAUACCUGAUGUAUCUGGCCUCCAAAAUUUAGAAAAAAUAUAUUUUAAACAAUGUGAAAACUUAACUCGAAUUCACGAGUCAGUUGGACUGCUGGAAAAACUUAGAAUAUUGAAUGUUGUUCAUUGCAAGAAGCUCAGUGCUUUACCGCCCAUCAGAUUGACCUCUCUUGAACACCUCAAUCUUUCACAUUGCUCAGUUCUUGAGAGUUUCCCUGAAAUAUUGGGGAAGAUGGAAAAUCUAACAGAGCUUCAUAUAAUGGGUAGUCCUAUAAAAGAAUUGCCUUAUUCAAUUCAAAACCUUAUUCGGCUUCGAAAGUUAGAACUACACAUCUGUGGAAUGGUUCGGUUACCAAGUAGCAUUGUUAUGUUGCCAGAACUUAGUUUGAUGUGUGUUUCGAAAUGCCAAAGGUUGUGGUUUUCUGAACAGGACAAAGGUGAAGAAUUGGAGUCCAAGUCAUCAAAGACAGAGCAUCUUACUCUGUCAUAUUGCAACAUAUCAGAUGAGUUACUUCCAAUAGGUCUUGCCUGGUUUGCCAAUGUGAAAGAUUUGAACCUAUCAGGGAAUAAUUUUGAAACUCUUCAUGCAUGCAUCAAAGAGUGUCCCUUUCUGAGGAACCUUAAAAUGGAUUAUUGCGAUAAUAUACAAGAAAUUAAAGGGCUACCAUGGAAAUUAGAAUCAUUUUCUGCAAAAGGAUGCACAUCCUUGAAAUACAUGGACCUGGCAGGAGAAAGUCACUCUUUGAGAGAACUUAUUCUAGAUGAUUGUGUGUUUCUUCGAGAAAUUAUAGGGGAUCUUCCUAACUUGAAUCAUUUCUCUGCAAAAAACUGUGUAUCAUUGACUUCCCAAUGUACAAGCAUGUUAAUGAAUCAGGAAUCGGUAGAAGCUGGAAACAAGAUGUUUUCUUUGCCUGGGAAAAAGAUACCGGAUUGGUUUGCACUACAAUCAAGGGAAGAGUCAACCGCUUUCUAUUUUCGCAACAAAUUCCCUGCAGUAUCUGUGUGUCUUGUUAUUGGACAUCUGGAUGAGAAACCUAUCGCAGUUAAUUUUAGCCCAAAAGUGUUUAUCAAUGGUAAUAAACUAUCCUCUGGCAAUCAGUUUGUCUACAAUUUCAGGGUAGCAACGGAUCAUAUACUUUUAUUCGAUUUGCGGCUGUUAAAAUUUGAAGAUAAUGGGGAUGCAUUGUUUUUAGACAAUGAGUGGAAUCAUGUGGUGGUUUCAUAUGUGGAUCAUAUUACUGACAAUGAAGUUCCAAUAAGAGUGGUUUCCAAAUAUAGCGGAAUCCAUGUAUUUAACCAAAUAAGUGGAAUGGAAGAUAUCCGAUUCACCAUUCCCCAGAAAACAUUGAUAAAUGCAACUUUGGAUUCUACAAAUUCAAUGAUGGUGCCAUCUCAAAAAGUAAGGAUCAUGACAAAGAGACCCGAGGAAGACCAGACCGUGGUGCUGUCACCCACACUCAAAUCAAUCCAAUCUCCCUCUCCAACUUCUGAAGUCGUAAAAGGCCUUGUCCCUCUACCCACAUUUCCAGUUAAGAGGCCUUUGCCAGAUGUGGGAGAAGAAAUUUCAGAGAAUCUUUCAGAUGAAGAAGUUUGUGUUACUGCAAUUCAAAAAGACCUUCCAGUCAUUCAAAGAUGUAGUGAAGGCGAUGACGUCGAGCUGGAAUCCAUAUCCUGUGAAGAAAAGUAUUCUUCAAACACUGAAGGUUCUGACUCAGAUGAUCCCUUCGACUUGGUUAAUAGAAAACUGUAUGACAGUGGCAUGGCAACCAUAUCUUCUGGGGAAAGAUCUGGAGAUGCAUCUAUGAGAUCAAUUAGAGAGGCUAUUAAUGGCUUGGAGCUGUUAAUGGUUAACGACUUAUCCGAAGUCUCUUCUGAUCCCGCCAAACUGUCCGAACUUCAUCAGUUGUUGGAUCUACUGAGUACAAGUAGCCACCCCAAGGUGACUGUAGAGGUGAAGGAGGCUAUUGUAGAGUUCAAGAAAAAUGUCUUUUUAUCAUUCCAAGAAUUCCAAUCUGCUGCUGAGUCUGUCAACAAACUGAAGAAUUUUGAAAGGCAGCUGGCCGUAAUUCAGCAGAAGACUAUGGAAGGCAAGGGUCAAAGAACGGACCUCAAAAACACAAUAAAAAAGGUUUCUUUGGCCAUGACAGCUGAAAUUAGUAGGAAGAAGGAGCUAGAGGCAGAGAAUGCAACUUUAAGGAUACAGCUAGAUACCAAUGAAAGGGAACUUGAACAAGUUGUGCUGAAUCUCAAGAAUCAGGAGGAAAUACUCUCAACCUAUUCAACGAGUUGUGCUUCUCUCAACGAGCAAGCUCGAGCACUAUUAAAACAAACUGAUGAUCUACUUGCAGCAAGCAGUGGGAUCAAGCAAGAUGGUGAAGCGGCUGAAUUAAAGCAAAGUAGAAUCAAGUUGACCUGGUCUAUUGACCUAACUAGCCAGCUUAACAAAAUGAAAAAAACCAUUCUUGGCUUUUUUGAGUAAGAUGUGUUUUUUUUUUUUUUUUGACAAUGAGUAUGAUGUGAUAUUUGUUUUGAAGAAACUAGAUCGUCUACCCGUGCUGCCGCACGGGUCAUAUAUAGUUUAAAACAUUACUUGCAUAAUGAAAGUAUUUCGUUGUCAAUAA